GCCGCGUUGCGGGCUCCGGGGAAGGGAGAGGGUCCAGCCCUACCGAGACCGGCCCGGGAAGGGCGGUGCGAGCCACCGGACGGCCCCCAGAAGGGACGAUGGGGGUACCCGGGGUGGCCCGGGGAGCGGCCAGAGCGUACCUCCCUUUCAGGACCGUGCGCUCGGCUCGCGCCUUUGAAGUGCACAGUUAAAUCCACAGCGCAGUUUUUGUUGGAAGCGCCCGGAGGACAUUUGGUGCGCGGAGUGACUGCUGGAAACAGGACCUGUGUUGAAAGCCGGGCGGGCGGGGGCCGGAGGGGCCGGGGGCGGCCGCGGCGGGGGCGGAGGCCCACUCGGAUCUUUUGCAUAAAAGGGGCGGCGGGGAGCGCCGCUUCCCCUCCUUCGCGGGUGGAUCUCGCUCUAAUCCCGGAUUGUUUCCCCACAUCCCCUGCCCCUGCGGCACGACUCCCCAUGUUCCCCGACGCCGGGACCGGCCCGGGGGGGCCCGGGGCUGCUGCGAGCCGAUCCGGGGGCUGGGGCCGGGGCCCUGCCCGGGGCGCCUGCGAGGUCUCUCCACGGAGCGCGCGCGUGGAUCUAUGAAAGGAGGCUCAGAUGAGCCCCUGCUGACUUGAGAGAGUAAGAGAGACCACGCUGAUUGCUGAGAGGAACUGGAAGAAGAAAAAAAAAAAAACAGCACUCAAACUCAGUGAGAAGAACUCACUCAUCAUGAGUAGCAGCUCUGUGUUGGUGACUCGCCUGCCAGACCCCAGCAGCAGCUUCCGAGAGGAUGCCCCCCGGCCCCCCGUUCCGGGAGAAGAAGGGGAGACCCCACCUUGCCAGCCCUGGGUGGGAAAGGGCCAGGUCACAAAACCCAUGCCUGUCUCCUCCAACACCAGGCGGAAUGAGGAUGGGUUGGGUGAGCCCGAGGGACGGGCGUCUCCUGAUUCCCCUCUGACCAGGUGGACCAAGUCCUUGCACUCCUUGUUGGGCGAUCAAGACGGUGCUUAUCUCUUCCGGACUUUCCUGGAGAGGGAGAAAUGCGUGGAUACCUUAGACUUCUGGUUUGCCUGCAACGGAUUCAGGCAGAUGAACCUGAAGGAUACCAAAACUCUGCGAGUUGCCAAAGCAAUCUACAAAAGGUACAUUGAGAACAACAGCAUUGUCUCCAAGCAGCUGAAACCUGCCACAAAGACCUACAUAAGAGAUGGCAUCAAGAAGCAACAGAUUGAUUCCAUCAUGUUUGACCAGGCGCAGACCGAGAUCCAGUCAGUGAUGGAGGAAAAUGCCUACCAGAUGUUUUUGACUUCUGAUAUAUACCUCGAAUAUGUGAGGAGUGGGGGAGAAAACACAGCUUACAUGACUAACGGGGGACUGGGCAGCCUAAAGGUCGUGUGUGGCUAUCUCCCCACCUUGAAUGAAGAAGAAGAGUGGACUUGUGCUGACUUAAAGUGCAAACUUUCACCCACUGUGGUUGGCUUGUCCAGCAAAACUCUGAGGGCUACAGCGAAUGUGAGGUCCACAGAAACUGUUGAAAAUGGAUACAGGGUGAGAAGGACUUUUAACUGCUUUCCCUACUCCAGUCCUGGGUGGCAGCUCCUUGAAUUCCUGCUCAGCCCUCCGGGUUCGUGUUGCUUCCACCUGUACCAGGGAGCCACCCCUGGCCAUUCAUCUGGAAAUGUCCUCUCCAUCAUUAGCUCUGCCAGGAUUACCUCUCCAAGGCCCUUCAAGAGGAGCGAGCCUGUUAAUCCAUACCACAUAGGUUCUGGCUACGUCUUUGCGCCAGCCACCAGUGCCAACGACAGCGAGAUAUCCAGUGAUGCACUGACCGAUGACUCCAUGUCCAUGACGGACAGUAGUGUAGAUGGAAUCCCUCCGUACCGCGUGGGGAGUAAGAAACAGCUCCAGAGAGAAAUGCAUCGCAGCGUGAAGGCCAAUGGCCAAGUGUCUCUACCUCAUUUCCCGAGAACCCACCGCCUGCCCAAGGAGAUGACCCCUGUGGACCCCGCCGCCUUCGCGGCUGAGCUGAUCUCCAGGCUGGAGAAGCUGCAGCUGGAGCUUGAGAGUCGGCACAGCCUGGAGCAGCGGCUGCAGCAGAUCCGAGAGGAUGAAGAGAAGGAGGGCUCCGAGCUCGCACUGAGCUCCCGGGACGCGCCCACCCAACACCCCCUCUGCCUCCUGCCCUCCAGCAGUUACGAGGAGGACCCGCAGACGAUUCUGGACGACCACCUGUCCAGGGUCCUCAAGACCCCUGGCUGCCAGUCCCCCGGCGUGGGCCGCUACAGCCCCCGCUCACACUCCCCCGACCACCACCACCACCCCCAGCUGUACCACCCCCUCCUCCCUCCCGGGGGCAAGCUGCCCCCCGCUGCCUCCCCAGCCGGCUGCCCCCUCCUCGGGGCCAAGGGCUUCGUGACCAAGCAGACGACGAAGCAUGUCCAUCACCACUACAUCCACCACCACGCCGUCCCCAAGACCAAGGAGGAGAUCGAGGCAGAGGCCGCACAGAGGGUGCGCUGCUUCUGCCCCGGGGGCCCCGAGUAUUACUGCUACUCCAAGUGUAAAAGCCACCCCAAGGCCCCGGAGCCCGGGCCGGCGGAGCAGUUCGGCGGCAGCAGAGGCGGCACCCUGCCCAAGCGCAAUGGCAGAGCCACUGAGCCCAGCCUGGCCGCCGGGGACGGAACGGGGGCGCUGCAGCUGCCGGGGGAGGAAGGAGACAGGUCGCAGGAUGUCUGGCAGUGGGUGCUGGGGACCGAGCGGCCGAGCAAGCCCAAGCCCCAUAGUGCCCAAAGCACAAAAAAGGCCUACCCCUUGGAAUCGGCCCGCGUGUCCCCAGCCGAGCGAACCGGCCGACACCACCUGUGGGGGGGCGGCAGCGGGCACCCCCGAGCCGCCCCCCGCACCCACCCGUUCACCCAGGACCCUGCGAUGCCUCCCCUCACCCCACCCAACACCCUGGCGCAGCUGGAGGAGGCCUGCCGCAGGCUGGCGGAGGUGUCGAAGCCCUCGAAGCAGCGGUGCUGCAUGGCCAGUCAGCAGAGGGACAGGAGCCACGUGGCCGCUGGUCAGACGGGAGCCGCACCCUUCUCCACCCCAGGCCUGGCUGCAGAAGAUCACAAAGAGCCAAAGAAGCCAGCAGGGGUCCACGCGCUCCAGGCCAGCGAGUUGGUCGUCACUUACUUUUUCUGCGGAGAAGAAAUUCCAUACAGGAGGAUGCUGAAGGCUCAGAGCCUGACCCUGGGCCACUUUAAAGAGCAGCUCAGCAAAAAGGGAAAUUAUAGGUAUUACUUCAAAAAAGCAAGCGACGAGUUUGCCUGUGGAGCGGUGUUCGAAGAGGUCUGGGACGAUGAGACCGUGCUCCCCAUGUACGAAGGCCGGAUCCUGGGGAAGGUGGAGAGGAUCGACUGAGCCCCGGGGCCUGGUGGUGGCCAGGCUGGAGUCCGCACGCAACAUGUUGAAGGAAAAAAAAAACCCAAUGAAGACAAAGUCUAGGGAAGAAUUGGCCAGUGGGC